AUGGUGAACUCGCUGCUGUUCGGGGAGAUGGCCUUGGCCUUCGGCUGCCCGCCCGGCGGCGGCGGCGGGAGCUGCCCCGGCGGGGGCGGUGGCGGCGGCGGGGCCGGGCCGGGGCCGUCUCCGGUGACGGCGGCGCUGCGGGACGACUUGGGCUCCAACAUCCACCUCCUGAAGGGGCUCAACGUGCGCUUCCGCUGCUUCCUGGCCAAGGUGCACGAGCUGGAGCGGCGCAACCGGCUGCUGGAGAAGCAGCUGGAGCAGCAGCAGAGCGAGCGCGAGCGGCGGCUGCGCUACAAGACCUUCUCCAGAGAGCAGGCCGUGCAGACCGGGCCCGAGCUGCUGCGGCCGCCAGCGCCCGGCGUGGGGCACGGCAGCGGCAGCGGCAGCGGCAGCGGCGCGACGGCGGGCGCCAACGCCAACACCGUGGCCCUGGGCGGCCUGCCCCCCGGCGGCGGCUCGCACCCGCAGCACUACGGCCGCCUGCCCGGGACCAUCUGGAGCUACACGCAGGUGCGGCGCACGGGCGGCGGCGGCGUGGAGACUGUGCAGGGCCCCGGCGUGUCGUGGGUGCACCCCGACGGCGUGGGCGUGCAGAUCGACACCAUCACGCCUGAGAUACGCGCGCUCUACAACGUGCUGGCCAAGGUGAAGCGCGAGCGCGACGAGUACAAGCGGAGGUGGGAGGAGGAACUGGCCAAGCGCAUGAAUCUGCAGACCAUGGUGGACACGCUGCAGGAGGCGGCGCAGGAGGCUGAAGCCAUCCAGGAGGAGAUGAAUGAGAAGAUCGAGCGGCUCAAGGCCGAGCUGGUGGUGUUUAAGGGGCUCAUGAGUGACCCCAUGACAGACCUGGACACAAAGAUCCAAGAAAAGGCCAUGAAGGUGGACAUGGACAUCUGUCGCCGGAUCGAUAUCACGGCCAAGCUGUGCGAUGUCGCACAGCAACGGAACUCGGAAGACGUGUCCAAGAUCUUCCAGGUGGUCCCCAAAAAGAAAGAGCGUAAGGUGGCUUCGGACGACGACAUCUCCGAGCAGGAUGGGGAGGUGAACCGGUUCUCGGACGACGAGGUCGGCUCCAUGAACAUCACAGACGAGAUGAAACGCAUGUUCAACCAGCUGCGGGAGACCUUUGAUUUUGACGAUGACUGUGACAGCCUGACGUGGGAAGAGAACGAAGACACACUGCUGCUCUGGGAGGACUUCACCAACUGCAACCCAACCAUUGACCUGCAGGGCGAGCAAGAGGAAAACUUGGGCAACUUGAUCCACGAGACAGAAUCCUUCUUCAAGACGAGAGACAAGGAGUACCAGGAGACAAUUGGCCAGAUCGAGCUGGAGCUGGCCACGGCCAAGAGUGACAUGAACCGGCACUUGCAUGAGUACAUGGAGAUGUGCAGCAUGAAGCGCGGGCUGGAUGUGCAGAUGGAGACCUGCCGCCGGCUCAUCAAAGGCUCUGCAGACAGGAAUUCACCGUCCCCCAGCUCCGUGGCCAGCAGUGACUCAGGAAGUACAGACGAGAUCCAGGAUGAGUUUGAGCGGGAGGCGGAUGUGGAACCCAUGGUCAGCUGAUGACGGAGGCCCCCUGUGCCUGCUGGUCUUGGUGAUGGGGCCUCUGCCCCCACUCCCCGUGGGGCCAGGAAGGCUCCUCGGAGUGGGGCUCCAGUCCUCACCACACAGACUCCCUCUGCCCUCCCUUCUCUGGAGGCCCCGAGGGACCGCUGCUUCCUUCCUUCCACCCCACCACCAACCAGGGCCCCUUCUCCAUCCACCCACCCAAGGAAUGGUGCUGUCAAUUUCUAUUGUUCUCCACAUUACAAAUGCAGACUUCUGUCCGGACGAUGCAGUGUUAACUGUGCCUUUUCCCUUAAGCUGAGCCACUUUGAGCUCCAAAGAAUUCUUCCUAGCAGGUGUUUUUAUACAAAACUCUAAGGUGAGGGCGGGGCCCCUGGCGUGGUAUAAUGUGGAUUUCUACCCUCCCACCUGCUCCUCUGAUUGGCCAUGAGCUCUGCCCUCCCCUCCUCUGCCUGGCCAGUGCCAGUUGGCCUUGGGGUGGCCCACCUCCCCACCCACCAGGAAGGAGCUGUUUGCCUUUGCAACCUUUCCAGGCCUGGGUGGGGGCCCCCCAAGUGUUUUUACUUACUGACAAGAGAGAAAAGAUGGAAGGAGGGAGGGAAGACAAAAUUUUAUUUUCUUUCUGGACCGAGUGGCGAAGCGGAGGGACAAGGCACUGUGGGGGAAAGUGGAGUCUCACUGUGUUUAAACUACUAUG